AUGUCUUUCCAGAAGCCCGAGAAGGAUUUCGGCGAGGGCCCUAAGGUCCACAAGAUCCGUAUCACCCUCACCUCGCGCAAGGUCGCCUCGCUCGAGAAGGUGUGCUCCGAGCUGGUUGAGCGUGCCAAGUCCAAGUCCCUCAGCGUCAAGGGACCCGUCCGUCUCCCUACCAAGCACCUCAAGAUCACCACCCGUAAGACUCCUAACGGUGAGGGUUCCAAGACCUGGGACACCUACGAGAUGCGCAUCCACAAGCGCCUCAUCGACCUCACCGCCCCCACUGAGGUCGUCAAGCAGAUCAUUAUCAACAUCGAGGCCGGUGUUGAGGUUGAGGUCACCAUUGCUGCUUAA